ACAUGCGUACUAUUUCAACGUGUGUACUAAUUGGAUUUCUGGGGGCGACUAUGAGAAAUCGACUUUUUCAGGAAAUGUUGAAUAGUACAUACGUGCUUAGGUGGGAGCAUAGGCCCCGGACUGUGGUCUCCCCUUAUGACAGCUAUGUUUUUUGUCUCGAGAGCAUGAAACGAGCCGCAAGAGCUGUAAGGACCGAGUUUCUCUCCAAUUCUCUGUGCACCGUCAAGCUUGUUGAGGGGGAGUGGAGGCAGAGGUCGAGGGCAAUGGCGCGUCAGGUGGUUCUUGCGGCCGUUCUGCUGAUGAUUGCUGCUGCAGUUCAGGCAAACGCGCAGACUCCGACUGAGGUGACUAUCGGUUAUGUCACCUAUGCAGGCAACGGCUGCAAUUACGAGAACACCAACUGGGUGCUGUCGAACGACUACAAGACUGUCACCUUCAUGUUCGGCGGGAUGGUUGCGACCACGGACGGGUCGCUYGCCGACAAGAGGAAGUCUUGCCAGAUGUCGUUCUCCAUGAGCUACCCGGAUGGCUGGAGCGUCUCCAUUGGUCAGGCCACGGGCCGCGGGUUCGCUGACAUCGCCGAGAACUCCGACGGCAUCUACGAGACGCACUACUACUUCUCCGGACAAACGGGGACGGCGAUGGUGGAGCGCAAAAUCCAAGGCCCAAAGGUUGGCAGCUUCGAGUUCACGGACGACUUCCUGACGCUUGUCUGGAGCGAGUGCAACAACGCGCCCAACCUGAACAUCAAGACGGUGGUGAGAGUGGAGGGCCAGAAGGCUGUCAUGGCGCUCGACUCCCAGGAUACCAAGUUCCAGCUCAUCUUCAAUCUCCAAUGGAGGCAGUGUCCGCAAAAUUGAGACCCUCGUUCACCAUCUCGCACGGAGGGUGGCGGCCCUGGCGGGUGAGCGGGAGGAGGUAAAAGAGCGGACGGGUGGGAGAGGAGGGUAGCCGAUUCGUCAGGGCUCACCCUCGGCGCAAUCUGAGGGAAAGAGGCUACGGUCGAUGCAGUGGGACUUUUGAGAAGAUCACACCUACCGUUCCUCGGCACUCGUGUGAAGGGCGAGCAUGGAGCUGGGGGGGGACAACCUGACGUAAAACCAUUCUAAAAAGCAGUCGGGCCCCUCGUCAUUACGUAUCAAGCGAUGAGAGUGGACAGGGCAGGCACUGCCCUGUUGUUCUGAAAGGGCCCAAAUGGGUAGUUUCUUCAGGAGAAUUGUAAGAACCAAAGGUAGGGAGUCUGAAUCUGUCCGUGGGAUUUACCACAGUCACGACAAAUCCAUCUGUCUUAAUGGCUCAUCCUGACAGGGGGUGACCUGUCCGUGGCGCACCCUGACACAACGAUUUGACAGUUAAUACGUCCUCUAGAAUGGCUCAUCCAGAUUUGUUUUGGGGCUGGCGAUGAUGGCGAUCAUAUCACGCCUUCCAUCUGAUUAGUGGUAUCUUACAUAAGAUAAUGAAGAAUUCUUAAUGGCAGGCUUACCGUCUGUUCCAUUUGUCAAUGAGUAUGCUCAAUGACGUACUGAAUGAAUGUGUCAUACAAAU